UGGGUAUGAACGCGGCCUCAAUGGGCGGUAUCAACAUUUCUCCAAGCGCAAUUAUUUUGUCCCAGUACAGGCCUUCGGCGCUCUGUCCCUCGGCAUUCGUUGCCAAGUACCCUGUCUAACCAAGGUCGACGACAUAUGCAGCUUCUUUUAGCAAGACACCUCCGGCUUCAACCCGAACAGGUUCCUCCACUCCGCGUGGCGUAUCUGAUUGCAGGGGAAGAGAAGAGAUGGGCUAUCCUCAGUUCUAUUGGGGUCGUCGGAGCGGCCCCGUCGAGAGAUACGACCAGACUGUGCGGAUCACAUGCUCUCGCGGUAGCCGCCACGAUAUUCUCGCCUCGCCAUCUCUCCCCAGUUCGCACUUCUCGCUUUCGGUCUCCUACAAUGCCUGUCUUAAAGAGGGUGUUUAGGCAACGUUCUACGCACUCGUUUUAUGCUUGGUAUCAACGACUAGCCAGCGGGUCCUACUUACACGUGCAGGCGACUUUUGCGGCAUCCUCGCAACCUCAGCUCCUGUACUGUUCCUCGCGUUGCCGACUUGGCGUUCGCCAACCACGAAAACGGCAUUCGUAUUUCCCGUACCCACAAUCUCAUGAUAUAUUUUUAGCACCUGCGGGUGAUCGGCGGUCUCUCGUCUUCGAUCAUUCUUUCUGAUGAUCUGGCGUGACUGCUACUCUUAUAGGUGCGGCCGCCCUACCUCACUCGUAACAUGAGCGAAUGACAGCGAAUGACAUAAUGUGUUUGGCAAUAUGGCGUCUCCACAGUAUUGGUUUUCUCGUGCUCGUCCUCGUGAUGAGCGUUACGGGCGAGGACGAACCAUAGUGGGUGGGA